GCCAUGUACUCAAUUAGGCCUCCCUCGUUGAUUUCCAGAGCCCGUCUUGUCUUUCUGAGCGAGCGGAACGCUCUGCUAUGGACCCAAUGCUGAUUCUCUUGUUGAUGACUGCACCGACCCUCUGCUAUUGUUCCUUAUGCGGCGAUACGGGCGGGACCGAAUUGCCACAAUGCCUGCAUUACUGCUUCUGCUUCCACGGUCGAAGCCUUCAUUACCCAGAGUCAACAAAUGCGAGCGCGAAGACCGUCGGCGUGCUCCUCUUAAAGCAGAACCAGGAUCGAAGACCCGAAGCUUCCUUUCCUCUCGAUCUUCAUCGACCUACAGCCAUCGCCAUAGUUUAUCCUUCAAUUUGGGUAUUGAUCAGCCACCGAAACAUCCUGAUGAAACUCAGAACCCUCAGCAGAGUGCUUUCAACCAUUUCGCUCUCCUCAAGCUCGUCUCGCCACAAAUCAGACAAGGAAAGCGACGACGAGCGCACUUCCCAUGAGAAGUCUUCUGAGCGCAUCGAGCCUCCUCCUCAGGCCAAGACUCCUGCGCGCUCGUCGCGCAAGCCUGUGGAUCGCGCCGAGGCCCCGCCGUCAGCUUACCGACAGCAACGACUCCGCCGACGGGCCACGAUGGAUCCAAGACCUAUCUCGCGACCAGAGCCGCCUGCCGACCCGCCUCAAAAGCCUGCGCAAGCUAACUCCUCGCCUCGGAGUCUGCCUUUGCAACGUGCGGCUCGACAUACCAGCUUGCCGCCGCGCCCAGCAGGAUCCUCCGGUGCCAUACCUGAUUUAUCCCGUUCUGUCCGGUCCGAGCAAGCUCGCUCAGCGCGAUAUGAUGUGCAUUCACCCGCCCGACCUGAGCCGCUUCGACCCAGCCAGCCUCACCGUAUUAAGCGGAAGCCUGUCCCGUAUCAUAUUAUCGAAGGCAUCAAGGACGAGAAAGCCUCUGCAUGCCCUUCAGAAAAGGCCCGUGCAGCUGCAGGGCCUAACGGCGCAACGGAAGCGGAUUCUGGCAGGCGAGUAGACACUCAGAACGGCUCGCAUCUUGACGAAGCGAAGCCACCUGUUCCUCCUCGCUCCGUGCGACGAGCAACGCUGGCUAGUCCAGUGGACUACCGAGAGUACUCCAGGCCAUGAUGUGUUUUGCUACGACUGUUUUAUAUAGGCUAUGUAUGGUAGAGUAAUUUGUGACGCUCAG